CUGAAGCAGCAAGUAGCACAUCAAGAGAAAGACCCGAGCAUGACAUGACACCCGCAGUAGGCUACCAGCAGUAGCUCGUUUACUAGAGCAGUGCACGUUGACGCGCAUCUCAGACGGAUUUUUUUGUCAUUCAUUCUUCGUCCAGUUGAACGGGAGAGAGGGACGAACCGCGAAAGAGAGCACCUGGAGCAGGGAUGCAAUAAACCGCUAGCUACAGCUACUGACGUACAACGGACCUCAUUCAGUGCGCGUUGAGGCACCUAGCUAACAAGUCGCUUUAUUUUCGCAGGAAUUCACCGAACUAGCUAGCUCCAUCUAACUAGAUAACGAAUGUUAGCUAGAUAUCUAGCUAGCCACACCGUUUCGUAACAUGCAGUGCUGCACUAGUCGCGUCAAAAAGAGACACGAGGAUACGGAUUUAGCAUAAAGGCAUCUUUGAGUCAGUUUUUGUUUACGUGUCGAUGCAUUUUAUUUUUUAUAUAGAAGAAUUACAGAAAAAUAUUGCGAGAGACGUUUAUAAAAUAUUUUGGGUCUCUACCAGCAGCGCUAGCUUGUGAGCUAGCAGGAUAACUACAGAAGACCCGAUACUCCUGCAAGAACGAAGGGUCGGUAGCGCUCUAGGCAGCUAGCACUAACUAGCUAACCAAAAAGGUUGGAUGGUUGGCCCCUUGCCCCCGUCAGCAUGAGCGCCAUCUCCCCCACCGACUUCGACAGCCUGGAGAUCCAGCAGCAGUACAACGACAUCAACAACCGCUGGGACCUGGCGGCCGAGACGGACUGGGACAACGAAAACAGCUCCGCCCGCCUCUUCGAGCGCUCCCGCAUCAAGGCCCUCGCCGACCAGGACAUGGAGCUGGACAGGACCGGCGAGCCCUGCCUCUCCCCGGCCGCCUUCAUCAACCAGGCGCAGUACUCCAACAUCCUGGAGGGGCGCUUCAAACAGCUGCAGGAUGAGCGCGAGGCGGUGCAGAAGAAGACCUUCACCAAGUGGGUGAACUCGCACCUGGCGCGGGUGACCUGUCGCAUCGGGGACCUGUACGGCGACCUGCGCGAUGGACGCAUGCUCAUCCGCCUGCUGGAGGUGCUGUCCGGGGAGCAGCUGCCGAGGCCCACCAAGGGGCGCAUGCGCAUCCACUGCCUGGAGAACGUGGACAAGGCCCUGCAGUUCCUCAAGGAGCAGAAAGUCCACCUGGAGAACAUGGGCUCCCACGACAUCGUCGACGGCAACCACCGCCUCACCCUGGGCCUCAUCUGGACCAUCAUCCUGCGCUUCCAGAUCCAGGACAUCAGCGUGGAGACGGAGGACAACAAGGAGAAGAAGUCGGCCAAAGAUGCUCUGCUCCUGUGGUGCCAGAUGAAGACCGCUGGGUACCCCAACGUGAACGUCCACAACUUCACCACCAGCUGGCGAGAUGGCCUGGCGUUCAACGCCAUCGUCCACAAGCACAGGCCCGACGUGAUCGACUUUGACACCCUGAAGAAGUCCAAUGCCCACUACAACCUGCAGAACGCCUUCAACGUGGCUGAGAAGGAGCUGGGCCUCACCAAGCUGCUGGACCCGGAAGAUGUCAAUGUCGACCAGCCGGAUGAAAAGUCCAUCAUCACCUACGUGGCCACCUACUACCACUACUUCUCCAAGAUGAAGGCCCUGGCUGUGGAGGGCAAGAGGAUUGGCAAGGUGCUGGACUACGCCAUCGAGGCGGACCAGCUGAUUGAGAAGUACGAGACCCUGGCGUCGGAGCUGCUGCAGUGGAUCGAGCAGACCAUCGGCACCCUGAACGACCGGCAGCUGGCCAACUCCCUGAGCGGCGUGCAGAACCAGCUGCAGGCCUUCAACACCUACCGCACCGUGGAGAAGCCGCCCAAGUUCACUGAGAAGGGCAACCUGGAGGUCCUGCUCUUCACCAUCCAGAGCAAAAUGAGAGCCAACAACCAGAAGGUGUACAUGCCCAGAGAGGGCAAACUCAUCUCCGACAUCAACAAGGCCUGGGAGCGCCUGGAGAAGGCGGAGCACGAGCGGGAGCUGGCCCUGCGCAACGAGCUGAUUCGCCAGGAGAAGCUGGAGAUGCUGGCGGCUCGCUUCGACCGCAAGGCCGCCAUGAGGGAGACGUGGCUGAGCGAGAACCAGCGGCUGGUCUCUCAGGACAACUUCGGCCUGGACCUGGGGGCGGUGGAGGCGGCGACGCGGAAGCACGAGGCCAUCGAGACGGACAUCGGGGCGUACGGGGAGCGCGUGGCGGCCGUGGAGGCGGUGGCGCGCGAGCUGGAGGCGGAGCGCUACCACGAUGUGCGCCGGGUCCUGGUGCGCCGCGACAACGUGCUCCGCCUCUGGGAGUACCUGAAGGAGCUGCUCGCCUCCCGCAGGGAGAGGCUGGCCGCCCACAGGGACCUGCAGCGCCUCCUGCAGGAGAUGACCUACAUCAUGGACUGGAUGGGAGACAUGAAGGGGCGUCUGCAGUCCCAGGACAGCGGGAAGCACCUGUACCACGUGGAGGACCUGCUGCAGACGCACACGCUGGUGGAGGCCGACAUCUCCGCCCAGGCCGACCGGGUCCGGGCCGUGCAGUCCUCCGCGCAGCGCUUCACUGACCCGGAGCAGACCUACAUGCCCUGUGAGCCGGGCCUGGUGAGCGAGAAGGUGUCCCAGCUGGGGCAGUCCUACGAGGAGCUGGGCCAGCUGGCGGUGCAGCGGCGGGCGCGGCUGGAGGACUCGCGCCGCCUCUGGCACCUCCUGUGGGAGCUGGGCGAGGAGGCGGCCUGGAUCCGCGAGCAGGAGCAGAUCCUGGCGAGCGACGAGCGCGGGCGCGACCUCACCUCCGCCCUGCACCUGCUCAGCAAGCACGAGGCCUUCCGCGAGGAGAUGGCCGCCCGCUACACGCCGCUCAGCAACAGCAUCGCCAUCGGCGAGGCCCUGGUGCAGGAGGGGCACUUCGGCGCCCCCGAGAUCACCAAGAGGGUGGCGGACGUCCGGGCGCAGUGGGCACAUCUGGAGGAGACAUCUCAGCUGAGGGAGCAGCGGCUGAGGGAGGCCGUCGCCCUCCACCAGUUCCAGACGGACGCCAACGACAUGGAGGCCUGGAUCAUGGAGGCGCUGCAGAGGGUGUCGAGCACGGAGGUGGGGCACGACGAGUUCUCCACCCAGACCCUGGUCCGCAAGCAGCGCGAGGUGGAGGAGGAGAUCCAGAGCCACCGCUCCCUCAUCGACUCCCUGCACGAGCAGGCCCAGGCCCUGCCCCCCGACUACGUCCAGUCCCCGGAGGUGGAGGGGCGUCUCCCCGCCAUCGAGCAGCGCUACGAGGAGCUGGUGUCCCUGUCGGCGGCCCGGCGCCAGUCCCUGGAGGGGGCGCUGGCUCUGUACCACAUGUUCAGCGAGGCUGACGCCUGCCAGCUGUGGGUGGAGGAGAAGGAGCAGUGGCUGGACACCAUGGAGAUCCCCAGCAAGCUGGAGGACCUGGAGGUGGUGCAGCAGAGGUUUGAGACGCUGGAAACAGAGAUGAAUAACCUGGCCACUCGCAUCGCUGACGUGAACCAGGUGGCCGAACAGCUGCUCAGCACUGACCACCGCAGCAAAGACCAGAUCCACCAGACCCAGGAUCAGCUCAACGCCCGGUGGAAGGAGUUCCAGGAUUUGGCCAAUAAGAGGAAGCACGCCCUGGAGUCGGCGCUCAAUUUCCAGAACUACCGCCUGGAGUGCAACGAGAUCCAGACGUGGAUGAAGGAGAAGACCAAGGUGAUCGAGUCCACCCAGAGCCUGGGCAACGACCUGGCCGGGGUCACGGCCCUGCAGCGCAAGCUAACCGGCAUGGAGCGCGACCUGGAGGCCAUUCAGGGCAAGCUGGACGACUUGCGUCAGGAGGCAGAGAAGUUGACCAAGGAGCACCCGGACCAGGCGGACGAGAUCCAGGCCCGGCUGGCGGAGAUCCAGGAGGUGUGGGAGGAGCUGACGGCCACCAUGAAGCGGCGGGAGGACAGCCUGGGCGAGGCCCGCAAGCUGCAGGGCUUCCUGCGGGACCUGGACGGCUUCCAGUCCUGGCUGUCGCGCACCACCACGGCCGUGGCCUCCGAGGACACGCCCACCUCGCUGGAGGAGGCCGAGAAGCUGCUCAGGCAGCACGAGGCCAUCAAGACCGAGGUGGACAACUACAAGGAGGACUACGAGAAGAUGCGGGCGGUGGGCGAGGAGGUGACCCAGGGCCAGACGGACGCCCAGCACAUGUUCCUGGCGCAGAGGCUGCAGGCGCUGGACACGGGCUGGCACGAGCUGCGCCGCAUGUGGGAGAACCGCCACAGCCUGCUGGCCCAGGCCUGCAACUUCCAGACCUUCCUGCGCGACGCCAAGCAGGCCGAGGGCUUCCUCAACAGCCAGGAGUACAUCCUGUCCCACACAGAGAUGCCCUCCAGCCUGCAGGGCGCUGAGGCCGCCAUCAAGAAGCACGACGACUUCCUCACCACCAUGGAGGCCAACGAGGACAAGAUCGUGGGUGUGGUGGAGACGGGGCGCCGCCUGGUGGACGACAACAACACCAACGCCGACAAGAUCCAGGAGAAGACCGACUCCAUCCAGGAGAGACACCAGAAGAACAAAGAGGCCGCCCGCGAACUCCUGGCGAAGCUGAAAGACAACCGCGAGCUCCAGAGCUUCUUACAGGACGGACAGGAGUUGAGCCUGUGGAUCGACGAGAAGAUGCUGACGGCCCAGGACAUGUCGUACGACGAGGCCAGGAACCUCCACAGCAAGUGGCAGAAGCACCAGGCCUUCAUGGCUGAGCUGGCCUCCAACAAGGACUGGCUGGACAAGAUUCACACGGAGGGCGAGGCGCUGGUCAGGGAGAAGCCGGAGCUGGAGCCCGUGGUGACGCAGACGCUGGAGGGCCUGAAGAAGCGGUGGGAGGAGCUGGAGGCCACCACCCAGACCAAGGCGCAGUGCCUGUUCGACGCCAACAGGGCGGAGCUGUUCACCCAGAGCUGCUCGGCUCUGGACACCUGGGUCAACAACCUGUCCUCCCAGCUGCAGAGCGACGACUACGGCAAGGACCUGACCAGCGUCAACAUCCUGCUCAAGAAGCACCAGAUGCUGGAGCACCAGAUGGAGGUGCGUGAGAAGGAGGUGCAGGCGCUCCAGUCCCAGGCGCUGGCCCUCUCGCAGGAGGACACAGGGCUGGAGGAGGUGGACAGCCAGCAGAAGAAGAUGGCCGACAGCUUCUCCCACCUCCUGGAGCCCCUCCGGCAGAGGCGGCAGUUCCUGCUCGCCUCCAAGGAGGCGCACCAGUUCAACCGCGACCUGGAGGACGAGAUCCUGUGGGUGAAGGAGAGGAUGCCGCUGGCCUCCUCCUCCGAUCACGGCAAGGACCUGCCCAGCGUUCAGCUGCUCAUCAAGAAGAACCAGACCCUGCAGAAGGAGAUCCAGGGCCACCAGCCCCGCAUCGACGACAUCCUGGCCCACGGGCGCUCCAUGGCCCCGGAGCAGACGGGCCGGGAGCAGGAGGCGGGCCCGGAGGCGGAGCCGGGGGCGGAGCCGGGGCAGCAGGGCCGGCUGGCCGAGCUGCGGGAGUCCUGGGCCCGGCUCAUCGACGAGACAGACAAGCGGCAUGCCCGCCUGGUGGACGCCAACCGCGCGCAGCAGUUCUACGCCGAUGUGGCCGAGGCCGAGGCCUGGAUGGGCGAGCAGGAGCUGCACAUGAUGUCGGAGGAGAAGGCCAAGGAUGAGCAGAGCGCCUUGGCGAUGGUGAAGAAGCACCAGAUUGUGGAGCAGGCCCUGGAGGACUACGCCCAGACCAUCCACCAGCUGGCCAACAGCAGCCGGCUCAUGGUGACGGGCGAGCACCCGGAGAGUGAGCGGAUCACUCUACGGCAAGCCCAGGUGGACAAGCUGUACGCGGGGCUGAAGGACCUGGCGGAGGAGCGGCGGGGCCGUCUGCAGGAGAGGCUGCGCCUCACGCAGCUCAAGAGGGAGGUGGACGACCUGGAGCAGUGGAUCGCAGAGAGGGAGGUGGUGGCCGGGUCCCACGAGCUGGGCCAGGACUACGAGCACGUCACGAUGCUGCGGGACAAGUUCCGGGAGUUUGCGCGGGACACCAGCGCCAUCGGGCAGGAGCGCGUGGACGGGGUGAACGCGCUGGCGGACGACCUGAUCGAGUCAGGCCACCCGGAGAACGCCAGCGUGGCGGAGUGGAAGGACGGGCUGAACGACUCCUGGGCCGACCUGCUGGAGCUGAUGGACACGCGCACGCAGAUGCUGGCCGCCUCCUACGAGCUGCACCGCUUCCACCAGGACGCGCGGGAGACGCUGGGCCGCGUGCGCGAGAAGACCGACGGGCUGCCCGCCGACCUGGGCCGCGACCUCAACUCCGUGCAGCACCUGCACCGCCAGCACACCGCCUACGAGCACGACAUCCAGGCCCUCAGCGGGCAGGUGCGGCAGGUGCAGGAGGACGCGGCGCGGCUGCAGAAGGCCUACGCCGGGGAGAAGGCCGAUGACAUCCAGAAGCACGAGCGCGCCGUGGUGGAGGCCUGGGAGGCCCUGCUGGCCGCCGGACAGUCUCGCCGGCUCCUCCUGCUGGACACCGUGGAGAAGUUCCGCUUCUUCAACAUGGUGCGCGACCUCAUGCUGUGGAUGGACGGGGUCAACCUGCAGAUCGACGCCCACGACAGCCCCAGGGACGUGUCGUCGGCCGGACUGGUCAUCGCCAACCACCAGGACAUAAAGUCCGAGAUCGAGGCCCGAGACGACAGCUUCAGCGCCUGCAACAGCAUGGGCAACGCGCUGAUCGACAACAACCACUACGCUGCGGACGAGAUCCGGGAAAAGCUGGACCAGCUGCAGGCCAAAAGGGACGAGAUCAACAAGAAGUGGCAAGACAAGAUGGAGCACCUGCAGAUCUUGCUGGAGGUGCUGCAGUUCGGGCGGGACGCCUCCCUGGCCGAGUCCUGGCUGGCGGGGCACGAGCCGCUGGUGCGGGCGGCGGAGCUGGGCGCCAACGUGGACGAGGUGGAGAACCUGAUCAAGCGGCACGAGGCCUUCGAGAAGAUCGCGGCCAGCUGGGACGAGCGCUUCUCCCUGCUGGAGAAACUGACCACGCUGGAGGAGCAGGAGCUCCAGAGGCAGAGGGAGGAAGAGGAGAAGGCGCGGAGGCCCCCCACACCCCCGCCGGCUGAGGAGGUGGUACAGUCCGAAGCAGAGAGCCUGGCACACGAGUCUGCAGCCAGAACCAGUUUGGACCAGACCACGCUGAACCAGUCUGUGUCCGUGAACGGCGUCCACAGCGAUCAGGACACCUCGCAGGGAUCCGAACCUGAGUCCGUCAAUGGUCCCGCCGUGGAAGGUGCGCCCGCCGGGGACGCCCAGACGCCGGCGUCGCGCCCGGACCCCUCCGCCACGCUGCCCAUCAAGGGCAGCCCCGAGAUGCCAGUGCCCGCGGCCAUCGAGGGCCUGCUCUGCCGCAAGCAGGAGAUGGAGGCUCAUGGCAAGAAGGCAGCCAGCAGGUCCUGGCAGAACGUGUACUGCGUCGUUCGCAAGGGAAGCCUGGGCUUCUACAAGGACAGCAAGAGCGCGAUCAGCGGCAUCCCCUACCACGGCGAGGUGCCCAUCGGCCUGGCCGACGCCACCUGCGAGGUCGCCAACGACUACAAGAAGAGGAAACACGUCUUCAAGCUCCAGCUGAACGAUGGGAAGGAGUACCUCUUCCAAGCGAAAGAUGAGGCUGAAAUGAGCUCCUGGAUCCAGGCCGUCACCUCGUCCAUCCAGACGGGGGAGGGCGGAGCCGGGAACCAUUCCCCCAUGGGCCCCAAAGUCCUGAGCCGGGCCAUGACCAUGCCCCCCAUCUCCCCCAACUCCGGGGAGGCCGGGGGGGUGACCAUGCGCAGUAAAGAGGGCAAGGAGGGCAAGGACCGCGAGAAGCGCUUCAGCUUCUUCGGCAAGAAGAAAUAGCCGAGGAGCGCGUUAGCGCUAAAAAAGCUAGCCGACGGACCGAAUCGGGCAGAAAGGAAAAGCAAACGCUCGUCGCAUUAGAACAUCGUCUCUCGAACUUGAUUGUGAGCCGUCUCUCCCGCUCAUCCUCCAGCUCGCCCGAAGGCCUCCUCCUCACUCCAUCCAGGCCUGACUAAUCAUCAACGCAUUCUUCCUUCUUUCGUUUUUUUUUGUUUGUUUGUCUGCCGUCGAUUAGCCGGAUCUGAUUGGCCGAGCUGCCGAUGAUGUAUUGAUGAACUGAAACAAACGGAAAGCGAGGAACAGCUGAGCGAGAGAGCUCCAGUCCAGCAGCAAUUAGGAAACUGGGCGACAUUUUGGAUCUCUGCUUUCAGGGCCGAGAGCCAGCAGAGCAAGUCCACUUCUGAUCCAUUCCGUGUUUCUUCUGCUCCUAAGUACAGAUUCUUAAGAAACCUGCUCAAACAGUGAGCAGCUAGAGGAACAAGCGCCCGUUCCAAAAGGCGUCGUUCCACUCUAAGGGUGUGCAGAACACCUUAAAUAAAACGGUUCAGAGGAUGAGAUCAGUCUUACGUUCAUUUCUCCUCUCAUUCAUCUCAGUUUUAUGUGAAAUUGCUUGAAGGACCUUAAUUUUAAUCCUUUAUUGCUGUUGUUGGUAUUAUUUACUUUACUUGCCAUUUAAUUUUUUUUCUAAAGAUUUUCAAGAAUGUGUAUGUAUACAUAUCUUUGUUACAAAGGAAAGAUAAACAUAAAAAACAACUUGGUAAAACUGUUCUUAUGGGACCAUGUUGGUCAUUGAAAUCUUGUUUUUGUUUGGGGUUUUUGUUUGUUUCUUUUUCAAAAUACCCACUCUCAAAUUAUUUUUUUAAGAACAGACUACAUUUGAGGAUCUACAGAAAGUUUGCCAAAAGAGAAAUUAUUUAGUUGGAAAAAUUAUAUAUACAUUUUUUUUUAAUCUUGAAUCGUAUUUUAUUUUAUUGUUUGGGAUUAAUUUUGUUUUUCUUUUUCCUAAAUGAAAUUCUUCCAGUUUGACUGAGCUUGAGCGUUUGAAGUGGUGCAUUUUGAAACUAUCAUUUUCGGCAACUUUGGAUGCCAGUUCUUCCUAUUCCACGAGGACAAAGGGUGGUGGUUUGGCUAGCUUUGAAGAAGGUUUGGUUUGCGUCUGUAGAGUUUUGAGUUAAACUUCCCUCCUAGAUUUCCUUCAGGCUAAUUUCUGUUUCUUUCUCUCUUUCUGUGCUAAAUCUGUUUCUUUCUCUCUAAAGCGUGGCAUUUUUCUUACAGGCUUUGCCAGGGUUUAUAACUGUCAAAAUCAAAAAUGAAAUAAAAGAAUGAAAAAGACAAAAGUGUGAUGAGAGUGGGAUGGAAAGGGAAGGAUGGAUGGAGGUUUUUUGUUUGGGAGGGUGCAGUUUCAGUUUGCGUAUGCAAAGCUGUUCAGGAUGAUAGGGAUAAUGAUUGGACCCCUAAUUUGGAAAGAUUAACGAUUUGGUAAUGGAUUUGCUCAUAGCUUUGUCCACAAUGUAUUUAUAAAUACAUUGAGUAAAUAUUUUAUUAUGUAUUUAACUCCCAUAUCUGCGAUAUUUGUCCCUAUCCUUUGCUUAUAAUUUUCUCACCGUGGACCAAAUUGGGAACAAAAUUAAUCUUGAAGAUUUCUAAAUUCAGAAAUUCUGAUGUUUUGCUGUUAUUGUGUAGCGUGGGAUUGCUUGGGGUCAUGCAGAGGUCAUUACUGUGUUGUUAGUGCAGUGAACUCGAUAAGCACAUAAGGUUACAGUGUACUGUAGGGGUGUGAUGCCAGCAGACUGGCUUCUGGAGAGCAGAAGCGAUGGCUGAUCCAUGGUAGCGUGGAGAUUGUGAGCUUGGCCGUCUCUAGUUCAGAUCUUCAGUGCUUAGCGAUGCCCAAGAUGUUCAUAAAUAAUCUGCGAGUGACGCUUGAUACUGUGAAACCACUCGUUUUAACCUCUUUCCGUUGCCUGGAACACGUAGCGCCUGAGGGGAGAGGUGGUAUCACAAAUGUAAAUGUUAGAAAGUGAAGAUUACCUUCGUCAGAGGAAAAUGAAUUAAAGGAAAGCGGAUGUUUUUUCAGUGAAACAAUGGGAAUAAGGUCCCUUGGAUGUAACUGGCCUCUCUAGUAUCCAAAUGAGUGGCCUUCACUUCAGUAAAUGUGCAUUUGUACGAGUGGCUCCUGAGGUAGCAACACUAGGAGGUUCGGCCUUGCAUGCUGGGAUUGCCUUCUCUCCUACAUCUCUCUAUUGUGAUGUCAUCUGUGUGGUAUCCAAUUAGAAUACGCCUGUCACUGUUGAAUGGAAGUUGUCAGACCCAGUCCUGUGGAUGGCUUGUUCAGCAGCAGGAGCCCUAUUUCUCCCGCAUACCCCUGCAGGGAAUGUUAGCGGUUGAGCUCUCCUGUUAAACCAUAGACUCAUAGUCUGGCCUCUUUGAGCUCUCCUGUUAAACCGUAGACUCAUAGUCUGGCCUCUUUUGCCUUUUCCCGUUGAGGCAAGCCACUUGACCAAGGCUAGAAGAAAUGUGUGACCGUAGUGACGAUCACCAGGCAGCAAGUUACCAAAGGAACACGAAAAUAGAUAAUUAUCCAUUUUGAGCUGGUGAAGUUAAAAGCAGUCAUUGUACUUUGAGUGGACUGGCUCGUGACACUCAAGCAAUACACCAUAAAGCAGGUGAAGACGUUGGGUCCUUCUUGAAGACAAAGCCAGAUGAAAUCUAAGGCUUGCGUUCUCCCAUCCAGUAUUAUCCUGUAUUUGGUGACCCCAACAGCCCCUCACUCCAUAUCACAUGAUGUUGUUUUUGAAAAAUAUAAGUUCCUUUAUUGACUGAUUCUCAUUCCAAGCUAUUAAUUCCACUACUAUGGGUUAUUAUUACAAUAAUUAUUACUACUACUACUACUACUACUACUACUUCAAACUACUACUACAAGUUACUACUGUUACUUAUUACUGCAGUUAUUACUACUGUUCAUUUUCAGGUAUGUGUCUGUAAUGCCAGACUUUUCCACAAUGUUAGCGUGAUGUGGAGCAUUUUCAUUACAGAUAGAAUAACAUUUGUUGACUUGUGUAUCUAUAUGAAAUGCUAAAAAAAACGAAAAAAAAAAACAAUAAAAUAUAA